AAUUAUUAACAAUGAUUUAUCAACAAGACUUCCGAUAUAUAUUGCCGAUAUCGAAAAUUUAUAGUUCAUAUAUUGCCUUGAAAAGAGAAAGAUAAAUAAAAAAACAGCAUUGGAAAUAACAGAAAGUGUGUAUUGCUCCAUGUAAUUUUUGUUUACAUUGGUUAUAUUAAUAAACAAUGGAUCAAUAUUUUAAAAGUUAUGAAGAACUUGACAUCCAUCAAUUAAUGCUAAGUGAUAAAGCACGUGUUUUAGCAUACAAAACUGCUAUUUUUAAUUCGAAAGAGAAAUUUCAGAACAAAAUAGUAAUGGAUAUUGGUGCUGGUUCAGGAAUAUUAUCAAUUUUUUGUGCUCAAGUUGGAGCAAAGAAAGUUUAUGCUGUGGAAGCAAGUGAGUUAGCAAAGAAUAUCGAGCAAGUGACAACCGAAAAUAAUGUACAAGAUAAAAUUGAAGUAAUUCACAGUAAAAUAGAGGACAUCGAUCCAAAUAAUUUGGAAAAAGUAGAUAUAAUAGUUUCAGAAUGGAUGGGUUUUUAUUUGGUACACGAAGGGAUGUUAGACUCUAUACUUUUUGCUAGAGAUUAUUUCUUACGUGAGGACGGUUUAUUAUUUCCAUGGAUAGCAAAAUUAUAUGCAUCACCUUGCCAGUUGCCAUCUAUGUAUGAAUUUUGGAAUGAUAUAUGUGGAGUCAGUAUGAGAUGUAUCGGACAAGAGUACAGAAAAAUUAAAUCCUUGAAACCACAGAUACUGCUUUUAAAUCAAAAUGACCUUUUGGGAGAUAUUAGAUUGCUUGCUUGGCUGGAUCUGAGUUGCAUCUCUAUGAAAGAUAUAGAUUUGCUAGGUGAAGAGAAUCAUAUAUCAGUGUGCAAAAAGGACGGAAGGUUUCAAGGGAUGUGCAUUUGGUUUGCCAUCGAAUUUCCAGAUGGUUCAGAAUUGUCCACAGGACCUUAUGACAAAGAGACGCAUUGGAAGCAAACUGUGAUUGUUCUGCCCGAAGACAUAGAAGUAAUAAGAAACGAACCUAUUGUCUUUAAACUAGAAUUGAAAAAAGACAUGUCGUAUCCAAGACGUUACAAUAUGGAGCUCAGUUUGUUGGAUGUGGAAAAAGUGGAACAUGAUGUUCCAUGUAGCUGUCAUAUGACGAAGUGUAUAGUAACAAAAAAAUACAUUGAGAAUCUUGAAAUCGAAUCACACAUAGCAGGAAAUACCGAUUUAUAGAUUUAUAUUUGUAUUAAUAUAUUUUUAUUAAUAUGAUCUAAGUGAAAUACUUAUUCGUAAUCAUUUAUCGAUUUCUUAUGUGUUUGCAUUAACAAAACUUGCAAUUUGAGUUACUCAAAACAUGUAUUGAUAUUAGAAAAAAUACUUUGACCAAAAAUAAAUUAAAAUCUAGCUAGA